CUAACUACUUUCUCUUCUUUUGCUCAAAUUCUCAGCUCUAGAAAAAUCAACACACUCCCAUUAUGCCUAUUUUCUCCAAAAUUGGUAUCAUUGGAGCUGGUAUUAGUGGCAUAGCUGCUGCUAAACAGCUCUCCCAAUUCCAUCCCAUGGUUUUCGAGUCCUCGGACUCCCUUGGAGGAGUGUGGAAACAUUGCUCAUUUCGCACUACCAAACUCCAAACUCCACGUUGUGAUUACGAGUUCUCGGAUUUUCCUUGGACUAAAAGGGAUAAUUCCAGCUUUCCAUCCUACCAGGAAGUGUUGGAUUAUCUGUAUUCCUAUGCUACCAGCUUUGAUUUGCUUAAAUUUGUGAAAUUCAACUCAAAGGUGGUGGAGAUCAGGUUUGUUGGUGAUCGUGAGACCACCGCGGAAGUGGGAAGUUUCAUUGGUACAGGUAAACCUGUAUGGGAGGUUGCUGUCCAGACUAAUCAAUCAGAGAUUGUUGAGUGGUAUUCCUUUGAGUUUCUGGUGGUGUGCACUGGAAAAUAUGGCGAUGAACCGAAAGUGCCACUCUUUCCUCAGAACAAAGGGCCUGAGGUAUUCAGAGGGAAGGUGAUGCAUUCCAUGGAAUACAGCAAACUGGAUGAAGAAGGCAGUGUUGAACUUGUCAAAGACAAAAAGGUUGCUGUGGUUGGGUACAAGAAAUCUGCCAUUGACAUGGCUGUUGAAUGUGCUGAAGCCAAUCAAGGUCCAGAAGGUCAAGCUUGCACAAUGAUAAUAAGGACAUUGCAUUGGACAGUUCCACAUUACUCCAUCUGGGGUUUACCAUUUUACUGGUUCUAUUCAACUAGAUUUUCUCAGUUCCUCCAUCAAAGGCCUAAUCAAGGCCUCCUCAGGACCAUCCUUUGCCAUUUUGCAUCUCCUAUGAGGCAGGGAAUUUCAAAGUUCAUCGAGUCCUACUUGGCGUGGAAGCUCCCACUGCGCAAGUAUGGCUUGAAACCAGAUCAUCCGUUUGAGGAAGAUUAUGCAUCUUGUCAGAUGGCCAUCUUGCCGGAGAGCUUCUUCUCUGAGGCUGAUAAGGGAAAGAUCAUGUUCAAAAGAGCUUCCAGAUGGUGGUUUUGGGAAGGAGGAAUUGAAUUUGAAGAUAAUACCAGGUUAGAAGCUGAUGUAGUGCUCCUUUCCACUGGUUUCGAUGGCAAGAAAAAAGUCAGAUCCAUAUUGCCAGAUCCCUUCCGUAGUUUAUUGGAAUCUCCUUCUGGUGCCAUGCCAUUGUACAGGGGUACGAUCCAUCCUUUCAUUCCAAACAUGGCAUUUGUGGGUUACGUGGAAAGUGUUUCGAACCUGCAUACUGCAGAGAUCAGGUGUAUAUGGCUGGCUAGACUUCUUGGUGGUCAAUUCAAGCUUCCAAGCAUUGAGAAGAUGCUUGAACAAACGACUACAGAGAUGGAAAUUAUGCGGAACACAACACGAUUUUACAAGAGGAACUGCAUUUCUACAUUCAGUAUCAACCACAGUGAUGAAAUCUGUGAAGAGAUGGGAUGGAGCUCAUGGAGGAAGAAGAACUGGUUUUCUGAAGCAUUUAGCGCAUAUAACAGUCGCGAUUAUGAACAGCACAAGGAAGACAAAGCAUGAAAUCGUUAACUGGAUGUGCUAUAGAUCUAUUCAAUUUGUAACCAUUAU